AUGACCGUCGGAGGUCGGGUUCCGUGGCUACCGCUGGUGGCCCUCUGCUGGGCUCUGGCGUCGAGGGGCGCCAGCGGUUCGGCUUGCGCUCCGUGCAAGCCGGACCUCUGCGCGUUCGUGCAAUGUGCCGUGCCGGAACUGACCGCCCGAGACGAGUGCGGCUGCUGCGGAGCGUUGCCUCGGCGCGGAGGGGAACGCUGUGGCGGGGCGCGGGGCGCCGUUGUGGCCCGGGUGGUGUGCGUGAGCCAACGCCAGGCAGAAGCGCCCGAACCCGACGUCGAAGAGGGAACCGGGCAUUGCGGCAAGGAGGACAGCGCCGUCUGCGGUUCCGACGGCCGGUCCUACAGUAGCGUGUGCGCUCUGCACCUGCACAGAUGGCGCGCGAUCCUCGACGGCCGCGAGCGCGUCCGGAAGGCCCACGACGGCGAGUGCAAACUUGCUCCUGCUAUAAUUGUGCCACCGAAAAGGAUUCACAAUGUAACUGGAGCCCAGGUCUAUCUAUCCUGUGAGGUGAAAGCAGUUCCAACACCAAUCAUCGCUUGGAAGAAAGUCACUGAGUCCCCAAAGGGAGUUAGGCUCUUAGAAGAAUUGCCUGGAGACAGAGUUAACAUGGCUGUUCAGGUUCGAGGUGGCCCUUCUAAGCAUGAGAGCACAGGUUGGGUUUUGAUUAAUCCACUGACAAAAGAGGACGAGGGUGUUUACCAGUGUCAUGCCACAAAUAUGGUGGGAGAAACACAGGCAGAGGGGACUAUUAAAGUCCUACAUCAAAGUAAAAAUAAGAAGGAUCACUUCCCAGCAUCAGAAGAUAUGAAGUAG